AUUGGGACGCCUAAGGUUAAAACCCCUCAAAUUUGUCCGACGGCGAAUAAAAAGGGCGACCACCGUGGAAGUGGUUUGUGUCAAUAUCUCCGUUUGCUGUCGGAAAACUUUUCUCUGUCUCAAGAAUGUCGUCCUCGAAGCGGAAGCGCGACGCCGAAACCGCCGGGGAAGAGAUCCUGGACGGUGGAGAAAGUGCCGACGGUAGUGACAAGAGCAAUACUGAGAACAGUUUCUUCGAUAUAUAUGGACCGGAGGCGAAAGCAGAGCUCGUUUUCAACAGCCCGGAAACAACACUUAACUUACAAGAUAUUCAGGGACUUGUGACAUGGGUUCUUGCAGAAGGCUAUAUGCCCUCGUGGGUAUUUAUCAAGAACACGCCUCUGAUUCCAAAGGUUGUCAUGCUCUACCUUCCUGGAUUGGAUGCUGCUUUAUAUUUAUCACAGUCUAAAACACUUGCUAGUUUGAAAUCAUGUUGUGGCAAUCCUAUGGCGCUUUUAGCUUUGAGCUGUGUAGUUGAUGAGAUGAAGACAAUCGAUACGAUCCUUACUUGCAAGAGUAAAAGAAAGAAAACUGUUACUAGUUCAGUGGAACCACCUCUCCUUGUAUCUAAGCCAGAAGCAUGCAAUCUGUUGGGGAAAUCGUUCAUUGAGCUCACAAAAGAUAUACCGUUCCCUGUUACAUACUAUACUCUAAGUCGAAAGGAAAUGGAACAAAAUGGAUACAUUUUUGAGACAGAGUUUACCUCUACACUUCCUGCACCAUCAGGAUCAUGUCCCCAUGAAAUUUUGGCUCUUGAUUGUGAGAUGUGUAUUACAAAGGAUGGUUUGGAGUUGACUAGAGUGACGCUGGUGGAUAUCGAAGGACAGGUUCUAUUAGAUAAAUUAGUCAUGCCAACAAAUCAAAUUACUGAUUACAAUACAAGGUAUAGCGGAAUAACAGCUCAGAUGAUGGAGGGAGUUACAACAACUAUUAAAGAUAUUCAGGAAGAGUUCUUAAAGCUGGUUUUCAAAGAGACGGUAUUAGUCGGACACUCCUUGGAAAAUGACCUGUUUUCUCUGAAGAUCUCUCACAAUCUGGUGAUUGACACUGCAGUACUAUACAAGCAUCCACGGGGUGGAUCUUAUAAAACUAAACUUCGAAUUCUAGCAAAAAAGUUUCUUGCUAGAGAGAUACAGAUGUCUGAAUCCGGACAUGACAGCGUUGAGGAUGCAAAAGCAGCCAUGGAUUUAGCACUAUUGAAGAUAAAAUAUGGACCUGACUUUGGUUCACCACCGGAAAUGAUAACAAAGAAGCUCCUCGCCAUUUUGAAUGAGAGCGGAAAAACCACUUCUAUCGUCGACAAUAUUAACAUCGUGAAGCGAUAUGCUUCUGAGUCAUCAAAUUCCAUUCCAGUAUCUUCUGACGACGAAGCACUUUCAAAGGCCAUGAAGGAGGUAAAGAACAAACGGUCACAAUUCGUUUGGACACAGUUCUCAGAACUGAAUAAACAUUUCCAGAGCAGAGCGGAUGAUCCACAGAAACUAAAUUCAAGACUAGCAGAGAUGAUCUCAUUGCUUACUUGUAGCAAGGACUCAGGCCUCAAGAAACGCCGCAAAAGCAAGGUUUCACUAGAAACGAAGGAAAUCUUAAAGAAAAUGGAUGAUAGAGUACACACUCUCUACGCUGCAUUACCUACAAAUGCAAUGUUUAUAGUUUGCACCGGACACGGAGACACAUCCAUUGUACACAGAGUACGGAAAAUGCUUAGAGAUGAGAAAGAAAUAGAGUUUUCCCGUGAGAAAGUGGUGAAGGUUCUUGAAGAGCUUCAAGCACAAGCAGAAGUAGCUCUCUGUUUUGUAGGUAUCAAGCAAUAAGCUUACACACAGCAGCCAAAUUUUCCUUGUAUACCUUAUGAGCACACAACAGACACUCAUUCGCUUCAGCUCAGUAUUUUUUUAUAUUUUUUGAGUGAUUGAUUUGUAACUUCUUAGGUAUUUCUAUUUAUGGCAAUUUUCAUGUAGCGAUUUUCAUGUAUUUACAUGUAGCAAUCUGCAGUUCUAAAGCAAUUAUGUGAUUAUUUUUUUUUUUCGGUCG